CUUCAUAAUUAGUGUAUGACUAUAUAGCUACUUAUAGAAUUAAUAGAUAGCGACAUACACAUCACGCUGAGCUAUUCAAUUAUGUUUGAGUUCCACUCAUAGAGGUUAAGACACCUAGGUAGAGAAUAUUUGCUUGUGACAUGCGCUAUAAAUUACCAAUACAUGAUAAUAAUUGGACGAUAACACUUUCAUUACUGCAAGCGGUUAUCAUCCAAUAGCGAUGGUGAUUUAUAGGGAAUAUCAAGAUACAGCAGCAUUUAUAAACUAAUACAGGUAGUAUAAGAUUGUUUACAAGUAAUAGCUUAGUGGAAUAUAAACUAAUGCAAGUAAUACUGUUACCACAAAUAUGAGUGUGAAUUGGUUACAAAUCAGUUAAGUACAUUAAUAUAUGAAUACCCAUACGGUUACACUGUAACGUACAUCUAAAUUCGGCCAGGGAGGAAUAUAUCAGAAUUCCAACUAACAAUUGAACUGAGAAUGGUUGUAAUUGUAAAGAAUAUUAAUUGAAUAAUGAUAAAAUCAUCCACUAAUAAUUAUACUUCCCUACACUUUCAAUAGUCCUUCCUUACAAUCAAUCAUGUCUGAUUUGCAGAAAUUCGUAGAGAAGGUGCUUAUCGAACAUCAAUUAGGCGAUGAAGAUUUACAAUUGAUUUCUGAAUACAUUGUCGUAAUGAUCACAAAUCAAAAGAACGCGGAACAAGUAACAUCAGAAAUGUGUGACUUAAUCGGUGAUCGCUAUAAUGCCACAAUAACUCAGCAGAUAUUCAACGAAAUUAAUAAGGAGCAAUCAACUGAAAAACCCGUCAAUGAGAUAGAACAGCCAAAAGAGGAAAAACCUGCACCAGUUGAGCAACCAGUACAAGCAGAAUCCCAACAGCCGGAUCAGACAGAAGUGCCACAGCAAGUGGAGACUUCCCAACCAAUGGCAGCUCCUUCGACAUCUACCAAGCGUUCUGCAGCUGAUGCAUCAUUGGACGAUCUCAUCUUUGGUAACAACCAAGCUAAUCAGGGUAAUAACUAUAGACAAAACAAGCGUAGACCGCAAGAAAACAACAAUCAAACACGUCAUCCACGAUUAGACCCAGCAACUUAUAAAUUAUCAAAAGAGUUGACGACAAAUUUCCUUGAAUCUAACCCACAAAUGAAGAAGCAAUACGAGGCUUAUAAUUUCCAAGAUAGGACGAACUUCGAGAGACAAUUACUUCAACAACACUUCAUGACUAUGCAGACUGCGAAAGUCAUGCAAGAACAAUUUGAAAAGAUGCAAAAGGAAGCAGAAGAGAAGGCUGCACAGAGAUUAGGUGGUGGUGUCAGCACAAGAGGUAGUCCAGCUAGAGGUGGCUUUAGAGGACGUGGUGGUGCCCCUAGAGGUGGAUUCUCUCAGCGUGGUAAUGCCAGAGGUGGAUUUGCAAAUAAGGUAAGUAUGUUGUCAAUUUUAUUAACAUUCUAACACCCUAUAGAGCGUCACAUUUGGAAAUCAACCUAAGCCAACUCCGUCAGUCCUGGAUAGACCAUUAUCAGAUGAUACACCAAAGCAUAAAGUUUGGGUACGUAAUGGUGGCGGAGGUGACCAGGAGCAGGUACCAAGUGAAUUACCAAAAUCAAAGAAGUUCUCCACUGACGGUACAGAAAAACCUAAAGAGCAGCAAGCAGAA